GAUAUAAGCACUUCUAUAAAUAAAUCUGCUUGGAAUUUCGCACCAGCUGCACCAGAUUGUGCCAUGUUGAACACUUGUGUAAGACGACACAGAACACAGACAUCAUCUGUUGAGAAAGGUUGAUAGAAGCGAAAACAACUUACCGAGUCAAGACAUCACCUUAAGACAGGCGGCUAAGUGUAGACACCAUCUUAAGACAGGCGGCUAAGUCUAGACACCAUCUUAAGACAGGCGGCUAAGUCUAGACAUCACCUUAAGACAGGCUGCUGUCGCGGAUGGAAUGGCUCUUGAAUUGGCUCUACAGAAAGAAGCAGACGGGCCAGCCAGAUCACGUGAUCACCGUUCCCACAAACGAGGAGACCCAGCUGAGCAUGGAGCAGGCGGCAGGUGGCGUCUGGUCGGAAAAUGUGGAGACGCAGAGCAGACGACUGUCUCGUGCCACCAAAGAGCAGCGCGCGAGAAACACGUCCACGUCACAGACGCUGGGCGGCGUCAUACGCUUUGUGAGUGAGGACUCGCUCCAGUCUGAGACCAAGUACAUGCUGGUGUGUGAAGACAGCGGGGAGCAGGUGGAGCGGCUGGCCAGCGACCUGACGCGAGUCUGGGGCCUCAAACCCCCCCGCCUGGUCCUCUCCAUCAUCAGCAACAGCCAGCACUUCCAGCCCUGGAAGAGGUCAAAGGACAUAGAGGACUUUCAGGACGGUUUGAUGAAGGCGGCCACCCUGACGGAGAUGUGGAUCCUGACUGACGGCAGGAACAGCGAGCUGACGGCACUGGUGGGCGAGGCUGUGGUCAGGGAGAAGAGCCGGCGCAAGAUCCUGGCCACGGAGCAGACGGUCGUCCGGUUCCUGUCGGAUAACGUCCUGCCGGAACUCAUCGUCAUGGGGGUCAUUUCCUCAAACUCACUCAGUCCUGGUCUGGUAUCAGAACUCAUGGCUAAAGUGCCGUUGAAGGAAGCCUUGACCCUGCAGCUGGAGGACACGCAUGCGCAGAAGAUGUUGAAUCCCAACCUGACGCACCUGUUUGUGACGAGCGAGGAGAUGGGGCUGUCGGCCGUCUCCAACUUUGUUCACAAGCUAGAGAUCCGGCUCAUGCGCCGCACAGACAGGACGCUCUUUACAGGUGAGAGCGAGACCCCCGUUGUGUCGACCCCUUUGAUUGGGGUUUUGAUUCAGGGCGGUCUGGACGACAUUGACCGGGUCAUGACCUUGUUGAGGAAAAACAUCCCCGUCAUCGUCAUCGGUGGCCAGGGCAAGGCGGCCAGUUUGUUGGCCUUCGCCUUUAGGGCCACCCAAGAAUCGUAUGGUGUAGAGGGUUACGCUGCCUAUGUCAAGACGGAGCUGCUCAAGCGUUUGACCGAUGUUUUCCCUGAGGAGUUUAGAGACAACAGCCUCAGCAGAAAUCAGUACCGAGACAAGAUUCUACAAUGUAUUACAUUCGCCACACAAGGUGACAGUCAGCUGAUGACAGUAGUGGAGAGAAACACUAGCCUGGAGCUCAAGGACCUGAGCAAAGUGAUUUUAACUGCCGUCCUCACCUCCCACAGCACCCAGUCCGAGGUGCCGACAAUGGAGGAGCUGCAGGGGAAGAUGCAGUUGAUCAUUGACUGGAUGCAGCCGGACUUGGCCGUCUCCGAGCUGUUUGACAAGUUCAGCGCUAACAAGUUCACGGUAGACGAACAUUUGUUCCAGCAAGUUCUCCUGCGACCAGACAGGGAGAAGUUUGUGGAACUUUUCCUCGACCGCGGCUUCAUCCUGCACAAGUACCUGAACCACAAGCGUCUGGAGAUGUUGUACGAGCGGUGCUGUGACAAGGACUUCUUCGCCAGCAUCUGUCUCGAGACCAUACUAGGGGAGAAAGUGCACUUCCAACAGCCGCUGUCGGAGAAUUUUGUCAGCAGCACCGACUGCCCCCUCAACAGCCUGCUCCUGGUCCUGACGGGCGUCAAACAUCUGGUCGACCCCCUCCUGCUUUCUGUCAACGCUAGCACAAACAGGGAGGAGACGGCGGUGGUGGCAGAACAAAGGGCCCUGCACGCCCUACUCUACUGGUCAGUACUGACCAACAACACCAAACUGACCAAGAUACUCUGGAGCCGAACCAACGACCCCAUGAGCAUGGCACUUAUACUGUCCACAAUGUACAACCGUCUGGGCCGACAGUGGAUUUCUGACCAUGACCUUAAGCUCAAAAUUAUGGACACCGGAAGGAAGUUUGGUGAGCUGGCCGUUGAGAUGCUGGACCUGAACUACCGCGAGUCCCCUGAGCAAGCUUUAAACUGCCUGACCCUCCGGCACGCAGACGUCCAGAAUCACACGGCCGUGGACCUGGCGCUGAUUGGUCAAAACAAAUACUUCAUCGCCCACUCGUGCUGUCAGAAACACAUCAGCAACAUGUGGUUCGGCAACAUCCGACUCAGUCAGGGCAACAUCGGCUACUUCACGCUGUCAGACCACGUCAAGAUCUGUCUGUGUGUGUUGCUCGUCCUCCCGACCUACCUGUGGGUGGAGGUUGUUGACCCCCACGAGGCCAGAGGUUUGUACGGUUCACGUAGCAACAUUGGAAAGAGAAGUCAGUAUAAAGCACAGACAAUCGGCUUCAGGAAUAUCUGGCUCCGCCUCUUUGUCUACCGUGUCUGGCAGAAUCUGAUGGUUCUCAGGAAACUCUACUACCUCUGGCGGGCACCAAUCACAAAAUUUUGGAUGGCCCAGAUCUUCUACUUCCUGUUUUUGCUGCUGUUCGUCCAAGCCCUCGGCGAGCCGUUCUGUGGCGACCACAACAAGAACAAGCUGGUGGUCAUCUGGCUCUUUGGUCUGAUGUGUGACCAGGUCUAUCGCACGGCCAUCAAGAAAAAGCAAUACUCAGAAGUCUCGAUCGUCAGCAACCUGCGGACUUUGCUCGUCGUCUGCUACACGCUGUGUCUGAUGAUCUUCUGCCGUCUCAUGUACCCCAACUUGCUACCGUUUGCCUAUGUCAAGGUCAUGUUAAGCUUCAGUCUCGUCUAUUUCUUCUUCAACGCCAUGACCUACUUGUUUCCAGUCAGCCCAGUCUACGGUCCCAUGAUGAUCAACAUCUCAGUCAUGAUGAAGAAGGACCUGAUCAGCUGGCUGAAAAUGUGGUCCUUAACGCUGGUGUCUGGGGCUGUGUCCAUGUACGCCGUCGUCUACCCUGCCCACCCCCUGGGCUGGCCUGGCUUCUUCAAGGCCUUCAGACGUGCCAUCUUUGGUCUCUUUAUGACAGACCUGUCUGACCUGAGAGCAGAUAACCCCUGCUCGUGCCUGUACAACUACUCACAUCAGUUUGGAUGUCAAGUUGAUAAAAUCCCAGGUGACAUCAAGGACAGGCUCGCGCAAUGUCCUAACGACAACCUCAGCAGCUACCUUAUCGUCCUGCAGUUCCUGUUUAACACGAAGCUAGUGUACAACACGCUGAUCUUUGCUAUCACAAGUGAAACGCUGCAAAACACCCAUGAAAAAUCCAUCGAGAUUUGGAAGUACCAGUUUUUUAAGCUCGUCAUCAGCAACCAACAGCGGCCCUUCCUGCCGGUCCCCCUGGUACUGGCUCUCUACCCCUUCAUCGCCAUCAGGUUCCUGUACAACACCUGUCGCAGGCUCUGCAGGGCCUUCUGUCCCUGCUGCAGGAAGCCUAAAGAUAGGGUGACCUUGAGCAACGACUUCCACGUGUGGCGGAGUUUGAUCAGGAUCCACAAGAAGGACGAGAAGCUUAAGCUGGACAAGUUGAAUUCUUCAAGGGAGACACAGGAGAGACUGCGACUGCUGGCCAAAGAACAAGCCAACCACGGCAAGCACAUGGAGAACCUGCACGACCGUCUCUUUGGUGUCAUCAACAGCCAGACCUCCCUCUCGCUCACACUAGAGCACAUGCGACACGUACUGGAGGAGACAGCCAAGAAAAAGUUCCAGACUCCAGGUGAGGUUAUGACCCUACGAGACCAGCACUCUAAAUGCAGGAUGUCCCCGUACCCGGGCACCACCAUACGGCGGUUUCCUGUUUUUGACAAGAACGUUUCGUGGGAGGAGAGUUACCCGAGCUACGACCCUCCAUCUUUCUCCAAAGAAAUCUCUCUCUAUGACGUCACAAGACAGCCAUAUGUGGACCCGGACUUGUUUGAGAUCAUGCGACAGCGCGAGGAGCGGGCCAAGCUUGAUGUGGCUGACAUGGACAGCUCAGACGUGCUGUGGUUGGAGUUCAACCCGCAGUUCAACCAGGAGCGGGAGGAGUGGACCUCGGGCGGGGAGAAGUACACGGUCAACAGGGUCAGCCUGGCAGUCAAAGACGAGCAGAACUUUCAGUACACGGUCGACUCUAGCGGCGUGCCGAGAAAUCCUAUGGGCCGCACGGGGAUGCGGGGGCGUGGCAACCUGUGGCGCUGGGGUCCCAACCACAUGAUCUACGCCAUCGUUUCCCGCUGGAAGAACAUCUACAACGCUGCAGACAUCUCCAUGGGCCACAAGAUGGUCAACGGCAAGAAGGUGCUGGAGAUCAUGGUGGUACAGGACGAACUGGUCAAUGAGGACUCUCUACCCGGGGACUUCAUCACGGGCAGGGUGAACAAGUUCAACGUCCUGUGCGAAAUGUUCAUGAAGGAACUCCUGGGGGAGAAGGAGGUGCCAGGCACGACACAGCUGGAUCAGGACGACAUGAUACAGUUUUUUCGUCAGUUUGUGAGCAGCGACUUUAUUUUCUCUGGAAUUCUGGGUAGAUCCAUGUCUUCCAGCCUGAGCAGCUCCAUGGUAUACAAGGGCUACAUGGACGACACCAACAACACGGACAAUGCAUGGGUGGAGGCGGAAAUAUGGAGCUUUCAUUACCAUAGCAACGACAAGCUGGACAAGAAGAUCUUACAGCGCGAGCGUCACUGGCGCGAGGUCUCAUCACAGAUGCACCUGGCCAGCAGUCAGCUGCCGCACGUUCUCGAAGUGGCCAGGGUACUAGACGAGUCCAGCAGCUAACAAAGUCACCCACUGGACCUCACACGCAUGACCUAACCCACUGGACCUCACACACAUGACCUCACCCACUGGACCUCACACAUGACCUCACACACAUGACCUCACACACAUGACCUCACACACAUGACCUCACAUACAUGACCUCACACACAAUAGAAAACAAAUGAUGGCGUUCGAAAUAUUAAACCACAUUCUUUCUUGUUUCCUUUUUUUUUAGAAUUGUGUUUUUGGUGUAUUAAAGAAAA